AUGCAACUCCCGGGCGGGCUCCUCCUCCUGGCCUUCCUUUUCUUCUCGCCCGCCGUCGCCAUUGGUGCAUCAUGCUUCAAAGUAGUCUCGGCCUUGGUCGGCCGACCAGGCCACUUAUUCAACAAGUUCCAGAGUGAAAUCUGCGAACAGGGCUGCCAACCUACUGUUUCCCAUUGGGAUCUUUGGACUCGCAACAAUACCUUUGUCCCCGCGGUGCGCAGCAUAAUGACUCGGAUGAACGUGGUUCAGAAAGAAGACGCCUUGUUUAAAAUGGGCGACGACGUGGCCGUCAUCAUCAAAGAACGCUGUGCACCCCUACUGCAUGGCCACCAUAUCUGCUCCGACCCGGCUACGUUGGCUGACUUUGGCAAUUGCUUCAAGCGCAACUUCUUCAAGGCGUCCAUCAAACAUCUUCCGGUCCUGCUCCCUAUGGCAUCAGAGCAGGGAUGCAAGGAACAGUACCAGUUCCUUCAGGGGGAGCAACUGUGGGAGGAGAUUAUUCCACAGAACAUGCGCGACUACGCGAGUGUGUGCAACCAACUUGGGGAUUCGGUGGAUGAGCAAACCUCAGAGAACCAGGAACAGAAAGCCGACGACGGACAUGACGAGCUAUAA